CCUAAAGCGUCUCUCAUAUAAUUACCAGACUUCGCGGCCGUCACUGCCACUCCUCUUAGCCCAUCUCCCUCGAGUCUUUAAUCCCAAAGAUGGCGUCAGAGAAGAAGCUCUCGAACCCUAUGAGGGACAUCAAGGUCCAGAAGCUCGUUCUCAACAUCUCUGUUGGUGAGAGUGGUGAUCGUCUCACUCGUGCCUCCAAGGUGUUGGAACAGCUCAGUGGUCAAACCCCUGUCUUCUCCAAGGCGAGGUACACUGUGAGGUCUUUCGGAAUCAGGCGUAACGAGAAGAUUGCUUGCUACGUCACCGUGAGGGGAGACAAGGCCAUGCAGCUUCUUGAGAGUGGAUUGAAAGUGAAGGAGUACGAGCUCCUGAGGAGGAACUUCAGUGACACUGGCUGCUUUGGGUUCGGUAUCCAGGAGCACAUUGAUCUUGGAAUCAAGUACGAUCCUUCCACUGGUAUCUAUGGAAUGGACUUCUAUGUUGUUCUUGAACGUCCUGGAUACCGUGUUGCUCGUCGCCGUAGGUGCAAGACUCGCGUUGGGAUUCAACAUAGAGUUACAAAGGAUGAUGCCAUGAAGUGGUUCCAAGUUAAGUAUGAAGGUGUUAUCCUCAACAAGUCCCAGAACAUCACUGGUUAAAGAGUUUGUUUCUAGUUUGUUUUGUGGUGUUAGCUCUGUCUCAGAACAUCGCGUUGGGAUCUCUUGUUUUUUGUAUCUUUUUUUAACUUCAGUUGGUUUAGAAUCUGAGUACCCUCGAGAUAUCAACAAUUUUUGGAGGUUAUCUUUAUCAAUUUUAAACAA